AUUCUGCACAAGGAAACACUUAAUAAAGACUCUGACAGAGAGGACAGUCAUGGGAAUACAGAAGCCAGAGAUUCACCCGUAAACAGCAAAAGACGCUCUCCCCCCUCAGACAGACCUCCCUUUGGCCCUCAUCUAAGUACACACCACAGCAUCUCUGCUGAUGAACAGGACAGCCCAGAGCGAAUUGUUCAGAAGGAAAAACUCCAUGCAGAACUGAAACAAGUUCUGAGUCAGAAGAGAAGCCAGCUUAGAGACACCCAAUCCACAGACAUGGAGGAUCCCUCCAACACAGACAAUAAGAAUGAGGCGGAAAAGGAUACCCAGUUGUCAGAGCUUGUGGAAGUGGUUGUUGAAACACAGGCUGAAGUUGGAGCUAGUGGGUACAGUGUGGUGGGUGGAGGGGAGCGUGGCAUCUUCAUCAAAGAGGUCUUGAAAGACUCCCCAGCAGCGAAGCACCUCAGCCUACAGAAAGGAGAUCAACUGCUAAGUGCCAGGGUGUAUUUUGAUAACGUGAAAUAUGAGGACGCAUUAAAAAUUCUUCAGUGUGCAGAACCCUACAAAGUGUCCUUCUUUUUGAAGAGGACUGUGCCAGGAAGUGAAGUCAGCAUACGUCCAGGUGCACAAAAUCUUGAGCUCAGAGGACCUAAGGCCAAGAUGCAAAGAAUGAGCGUCAAAAGUGUGAAACCGUUCAAAGCCAAGAAAAGGAGAGGAGGAAGAUUUGGCUUGAAAAGACUGAAAGAGAACAAAAAAGCAAGAGCACGGGCAGAGCUGGACAUUGAGGGCUCACCAAGCAGAUCAGACCUCAGUCCGGUUGAUGUUGAGUUUGUUUUCCCAAAGUUCAAGAUGAGGAAAGAUGGGAAGGCCACUGCAGAUUUAUCAGGAGAUCUCGAGGGUGCGAUCGCUAGUGGCAAGAAAAAGAGGAACACAAGAUUUCCAAAAAUAAAAGCCACAGACGCUGCUGAAGGGAAUGUCAGUGUAGAUGUUGCAACACAUGAGGGAGAGGCCUCUGGAGCAAAGCUGAAGGUCAAGGCAAAAGGUCCAAAAUUUGGAAUGAAUUUGCCCAAAUUGAAAAAGUCAAAAUUAGAUGUACAAUCUUCAAAUGACAGUUUCGAGGUGAAAGACUUAGAGGCCAAAAUUAAGCCUCCGUUAGUAGAGUGCGAUUUGAACGUGCCUCAGGGCAAAGCUGAAACUAAUGUUCCUAAUUUUGAGGUUAGUGUUAAAGGAAAAGGAGAAGGUCCUGAGAUUAAAAUGCCAAAAGUGAAUUUGGAUGUCUCAGAUACAAAGAUAACAAUCCCAAAGUUUAAACUACCAAAGGUAAGACUUUCUUGUCAUUCAGAUGAAAUUGAUGGAGAGGCAAGUAAACAAAAUGAUACAUAUGAAAAUAAACUGAAAAUGUCUAAGAUUGACAUCAAAGCACCAAAUGUGGAUUUGGAUUUGAAUCUCUCAAAAUCUAAGAGCACGGAUGAAUCCAAAGAUGCUGAAAGAAUCAACACGGCCAAACUUGACACAUCAUUACCAAAGCUAAACCUUGAUGCAAAACAAAAAUUUGGAGAUGACAUUGAUGGAUCCAUGGUCAAAGAGCAUUUGAUUUCUCUCCCCAAACUUGACAUUGCAGUGCCCAAGACAGAGACAUCAGAUGUGGACAUUGAUCUUCCUACAUUAGAUGUGUCAUUACCAAAGAUGGCAGCAAAAAACAUUGAUACUGAGGGACAUGCAAGUACAGGGGUAAAAUUUGAAGUGACAAAAUUAGACAUCUCUCUUCCAAAAAUAACAUCCCCUGAGGGGGAAGUCAUGGUUGAAGAACCUGGAGCAAAAAUUGGAAAAUUUCACAAGCCAAAUAUCAGUAUUUCAUUACCAAAAGGUAAAGCACAGGGAAAAGUGGAAGGUCAUACUGAGAAAGGAGCAAAUGUUGACAUUUCUUUACCUGAGGGGGGUGCAGAUAUUGAGGGCCAGUUUGGAAAAGGGGGAAAGUUUAAAAUGCCUAGCAUAGGUGUCUCUAAUGUAAAAUUACCUGAGCCAUCAAUUGAUAUUUCACUCCCUGAAGGCAAAACAGAAGGAAAUGUUAAGGUUGGAGAACCAUCUGGGAAAGGAGGCAAAUUCAAAAUGCCACAUCUAGAUGUUUCGCUUCCAAAAAUGAAAUUAUCCACAGGUGAAAUCAAUACUGAGGACCCAGAGGUCAAAGGUGAGAAAUUCCAAAUGCCAUCCGUUGAUAUAUCAUUACCAAAAGGAAAAGUAGGGGCUGGUGUUGAGGUCGAGGGUCAUUCUGGAAAAGGGGAAAUGCCCAAAAUUGAACUGAAAAUGUCAUUGCCAGAGGGUAAAAUUUCUGAAAGUCAUGAUGUAAGCAUUUCUGGAGUUGAUAUUUCAUUACCAAAAGGAAAAACACAUGAACACAUUAAUCUUGAGGUUGAGAAUGGAGAUAAGUUUCAAAUUCCUAAAUUUGAUGCAAGUCUACCUAAACUCAAAUCAGGAGAAAGUGACUUUGAUGUUAAAACACCCAAUACCAAAGUUGGAAAGUUUCACAUGCCAGAAAUCGAUAUUUCAUUGCCACAUAAAAAAGAUGAAACAGAUAUUAAUGUGGAACCCUCUGGUAAAUGUGGAAGGGUUGAAAUGCCAAAUGUUGAUAUCUCUCUGCCUGCAGUGAAAGCUUCUGGUGUUGAGAUUUCCUUGCCAAAAAUGAAGUCAGCACAGGGUGACAUUAGUAUUGAAGAGUCUGACAGCAAAAGAUUCAAUGUGCCAUCUGUUGAUAUAUCAUUUCCAAAAGUAACAGGCACAGGUGAUGUAGAUGUCAAGAGACAUUCUGGAAAAAUGGGGAAAUUUGAUAUGCCAAAACUGGAUAUUUCCUUGCCAAAAAUUGAAUCAACUAAAGGAGAACUCAGCAUGGAAGAACCUGAAUUCAAAGGUGGAAAAUUGCAUAUGCCUUCUUAUAAUAUCUCCUCAGCAAAGGUUAAAGCAGAGGGUGAUGUUUAUCUCAAGGGAGAAACCAAAAAGGGGACAAAAUUUAAAAUGCCAAAAUUGGACAUUAACGUACCACAAAUGAAAUCAACAGGGACUGAAAUCAAUAUUGAAGGACCUGAAGUGAAGGGUGAAAAGAUAGAUAUGCCAGAUGUUGACAUUUCUCUUCCACAAGGAAAAGUAAAGGGAGAUGGCACUGUUAAUGUGAAUACUGGUAAUGUUGCUAUGCCCUCUGUUUCAAUUUCAUUGCCGAAAUCAACAAAUGAAAGAGACAAAAAUGUCAAUAGUCAUGUCAAAAAGGGAGGAAAGUUUCACAUGCCCAAAUUAGAUCUUUCACUUCCAAGGAUUAAAUCAAGACCAGUGGAAGUCAUUGUUGAAGGACCUGAGUUAAAAGGAAGCACAGUUCACACACCCUCCAUUGACAUUUCUUUGCCUAAAGAUAAAACUGAGGCAAACUUUGAUAUGGAAGGUCAUUCUGGAACAGACAUAAAGUUUGAAAAGCCAAAAAUUGAUAUUUCACUGCCAAAAGUGAAAGCCCCAGAAGGAGAAAUGAGAGCUGAAGACCCUCAGAUCCACGGAGGAAAGUUAAAUAUGCCAUCAGUUGAAAUCUCCUUUCCAAAAGGGAAGGUGAAAGGACACACUGACCUUGAAGGCAAAACUACAGGGGCAAGUAAACUUAAGUUGCCUAAAUUUGAUAUUAGCUCACCUAAAAUGAAGUCUUCAGAUGGAGAAAUCAAUAUAGAAGCAACUGAUAUCCAAGGUGGAAAGUUUCACAUGCCCUCUAUAGAUAUCUCUCUGCCGGGUGGAGGAGCAGGAGGAGAUAUAGAUGUUGAAGGACAUGCAGGAAAAGGAGGAAAAUUGAAAAUGCCUAAAUUUGAUGUGUCCUUGCCUAAGAUAAAACCAUCAGGGGGUGAAAUCGACAUUGAAGGUCCCGAUAUCAAAGGUGGAAAGUUUCACAUGCCUUCUAUAGAUAUCUCUCUGCCAGGAGGAGGAGCAGGAGGAGAUGUAGAUGUUGAAGGACAUACAGGAAAAGGAAGAAAAUUUGAAAUGCCUAAAUUUGAUGUGUCCUUGCCUAAAUUAAAAUCUUCAGGAGGUGAAAUCGACAUUGAAGGUCCAGAUAUCAAAGGUGGAAAGUUUCACAUGCCCUCUAUAGAUAUCUCACUGCCGGGUGGAGGAGCAGGAGGAGAUGUAGAUGUUGAAGGACAUGCAGGAAAAGGAGGAAAAUUGAAAAUGCCUAAAGUUGAUGUGUCCUUGCCUAAAUUAAAAUCUUCAGGAGGUGAAAUCGACAUUGAAGGUCCUGAUAUCAAAGGUGGAAAGUUUCACAUGCCCUCUAUAGAUAUCUCACUGCCGGGUGGAGGAGCAGGAGGAGAUGUAGAUGUUGAAGGACAUGCAGGAAAAGGAGGAAAAUUGAAAAUGCCUAAAGUUGAUGUGUCCUUGCCUAAAUUUAAACCAUCAGGAGGUGAAAUUGAUGUUGAAGGUCCCGAUAUCAAAGGUGGAAAGUUUCACAUGCCCUCUAUAGAUAUCUCUCUGCCAGGAGGAGGAGCAGGAGGAGAUGUAGAUGUUGAAGGACAUACAGGAAAAGGAAGAAAAUUUGAAAUGCCUAAAUUUGAUGUGUCCUUGCCUAAAUUAAAACCAUCAGGGGGUGAAAUCGACAUUGAAGGUCCAGAUAUCAAAGGUGGAAAGUUUCACAUGCCCUCUAUAGAUAUCUCUCUGCCAGGAGGAGGAGCAGGAGCAGAUGUAGAUGUUGAAGGACAUACAGGAAAAGGAGGAAAAUUGAAAAUGCCUAAAUUUGAUAUGUCCUUGCCUAAAUUAAAACCAUCGGGUGGUGAAAUUGAUGUUGAAGGUCCUGAUAUCAAAGGUGGAAAGUUUCACAUGCCCUCUAUUGAUAUCUCUCUGCCAGGAGGAGAUGUAGAUGUUGAAGGACAUGCAGGAAAAGGAAGAAAAUUUGAAAUGCCUAAAUUUGAUGUGUCCUUGCCUAAAUUUAAACCAUCAGGAGGUGAAAUUGAUGUUGAAGGUCCCGAUAUCAAAGGUGGAAAGUUUCACAUGCCCUCUAUUGAUAUAUCUCUGCCAGGAGGAGGAGCAGGAGGAGAUGUAGAUGUUGAAGGACAUACAGGAAAAGGAGGAAAAUUGAAAAUGCCUAAAUUUGAUGUGUCCAUGCCUAAAUUAAAACCAUCAGGAGGUGAAAUUGAUGUUGAAGGUCCCGAUGUCAAAGGUGGAAAGUUUCACAUGCCCUCUAUUGAUAUCUCUCUGCCAGGAGGAGGAGCAGGAGGAGAUGUAGAUGUUGAAGGACAUGCAGGAAAAGGAAGAAAAUUUGAAAUGCCUAAAGUUGAUGUGUCCUUGCCUAAAUUUAAACCAUCAGGAGGUGAAAUUGAUGUUGAAGGUCCCGAUAUCAAAGGUGGAAAGUUUCAUAUGCCCUCUAUAGAUAUCUCUCUGCCAGGAGGAGGAGCAGGAGGAGAUGUAGAUGUUGAAGGACAUACAGGAAAAGGAAGAAAAUUUGAAAUGCCUAAAUUUGAUGUGUCCUUGCCUAAAUUAAAACCAUCAGGGGGUGAAAUCGACAUUGAAGGUCCGGAUAUCAAAGGUGGAAAGUUUCACAUGCCCUCUAUAGAUAUCUCUCUGCCAGGAGGAGGAGCAGGAGCAGAUGUAGAUGUUGAAGGACAUACAGGAAAAGGAGGAAAAUUGAAAAUGCCUAAAGUUGAUGUGUCCUUGCCUAAAUUAAAACCAUCAGGGGGUGAAAUUGAUGUUGAAGGUCCCGAUAUCAAAGGUGGAAAGUUUCACAUGCCCUCUAUUGAUAUAUCUCUGCCAGGAGGAGGAGCAGGAGGAGAUGUAGAUGUUGAAGGACAUACAGGAAAAGGAGGAAAAUUGAAAAUGCCUAAAUUUGAUGUGUCCAUGCCUAAAUUAAAACCAUCGGGAGGUGAAAUCGACAUUGAAGGUCCCGAUAUCAAAGGUGGAAAGUUUCACAUGCCCUCUAUAGAUAUCUCUCUGCCAGGAGGAGGAGGGAGAGAUGUAGAUGUUGAAGGACAUACAGGAAAAGGAGGAAAAUUUAAAAUGCCUAAAGUUGAUGUGUCCUUGCCUAAAUUAAAACCAUCAGGAGGUGAAAUUGAUGUUGAAGGUCCCGAUAUCAAAGGUGGAAAGUUUCACAUGCCCUCUAUAGAUUUCUCUCUGCCGGGAGGAGGAGCAGGAGGAGAUGUAGAUGUUGAAGGACAUACAGGAAAAGAGAAAAUUGAAAUGCCUAAAGUUGAUGUGUCCUUGCCUAAAUUAAAACCAUCAGGAGGUGAAAUUGACAUUGAAGGUCCCGAUAUCAAAGGUGGAAAGUUUCACAUGCCCUCUAUAGAUAUCUCUCUGCCAAGAGGACGGGCAGGAGGAGAUGUAGAUGUUGAAGGACAUGCAGGAAAAGGAGGAAAAUUGAAAAUGCCUAAAUUUGAUGUGUCCUUGCCUAAAUUAAAACCAUCAGGGGGUGAAAUCGACAUUGAACGUCCUGAUAUCAAAGGUGGAAAGUUUCACAUGCCCUCUAUAGAUAUCUCUCUGCCAGGAGGAGGAGCAGGAGCAGAUGUAGAUGUUGAAGGACAUACAGGAAAAGGAGGAAAAUUGAAAAUGCCUAAAUUUGAUGUGUCCUUGCCUAAAUUAAAACCAUCAGGUGGUGAAAUUGAUGUUGAAGGUCCCGAUAUCAAAGGUGGAAAGUUUCACAUGCCCUCUAUUGAUAUCUCUCUGCCAGGAGGAGGAGCAGGAGGAGAUAUAGAUGUUGAAGGACAUGCAGGAAAAGGAAGAAAAUUUGAAAUGCCUAAAUUUGAUGUGUCCUUGCCUAAAUUUAAACCAUCAGGAGGUGAAAUUGAUGUUGAAGGUCCCGAUAUCAAAGGUGGAAAGUUUCACAUGCCCUCUAUUGAUAUCUCUCUGCCAGGAGGAGGAGCAGGAGGAGAUAUAGAUGUUGAAGGACAUGCAGGAAAAGGAAGAAAAUUUGAAAUGCCUAAAUUUGAUGUGUCCUUGCCUAAAUUUAAACCAUCAGGAGGUGAAAUUGAUGUUGAAGGUCCCGAUAUCAAAGGUGGAAAGUUUCACAUGCCCUCUAUUGAUAUCUCUCUGCCAGGAGGAGGAGCAGGAGGAGAUGUAGAUGUUGAAGGACAUACAGGAAAAGGAGGAAAAUUGAAAAUGCCUAAAUUUGAUGUGUCCUUGCCUAAAUUAAAACCAUCAGGUGGUGAAAUUGUUGUGGAGGGUCCCGAUAUCAAAAGCGGAAAGUUUCACAUGCCCUCUAUUGAUAUCUCUCUGCCAGGAGGAGAUGUAGAUGUUGAAGGACAUACAGGAAAAGGAGGAAAAUUGAAAAUGCCUAAAGUUGAUGUGUCCUUGCCUAAAUUAAAACCAUCAGGAGGUGAAAUCAAUGUUGAAGGUCCCGAUAUCAAUGGUGGAAAGUUUCACAUGCCCUCUAUAGAUAUCUCUCUGCCAGGAGGAGGAGCAGGAGGAGAUAUAGAUGUUGAAGGACAUACAGGAAAAGGAGGAAAAUUGAAAAUGCCUAAAGUUGAUGUGUCCUUGCCUAAAUUAAAACCAUCAGGAGGUGAAAUUGAUGUUGAAGGUCCCGAUGUCAAAGGUGGAAAGUUUCACAUGCCCUCUAUAGAUAUCUCUCUGCCAGGUGGAGGAGCAGGAGGAGAUGUAGAUGUUGAAGGACAUGCAGGAAAAGGAGGAAAAUUGAAAAUGCCUAAAUUUGAUGUGUCCUUGCCUAAAUUAAAACCAUCAGGUGGUGAAAUUGAUGUUGAGCGUCCUGAAAUCAAAGGUGGAAAGUUUCAUAUGCCCUCUAUAGAUAUCUCUCUGCCAGGAGGAGGAGCAGGAGCAGAUGUAGAUGUUGAAGGACAUACAGGAAAAGGAGGAAAAUUGAAAAUGCCUAAAGUUGAUGUGUCCUUGCCUAAAUUAAAACCAUCAGGAGGUGAAAUUGAUGUUGAAGGUCCCGAUGUCAAAGGUGGAAAGUUUCACAUGCCCUCUAUAGAUAUCUCACUGCCGGGUGGAGGGGCAGGAGGAGAUAUAGAUGUUGAAGGACAUACAGGAAAAGGAGGAAAAUUGAAAAUGCCUAAAGUUGAUGUGUCCUUGCCUAAAUUAAAACCAUCAGGAGGUGAAAUUGAUGUUGAAGGUCCCGAUGUCAAAGGUGGAAAGUUUCACAUGCCCUCUAUUGAUAUCUCUCUGCCAGGUGGAGGAGCAGGAGGAGAUGUAGAUGUUGAAGGACAUGCAGGAAAAGGAGGAAAAUUGAAAAUGCCUAAAUUUGAUGUGUCCUUGCCUAAAUUAAAACCAUCAGGUGGUGAAAUUGAUGUUGAGCGUCCUGAAAUCAAAGGUGGAAAGUUUCAUAUGCCCUCUAUAGAUAUCUCUCUGCCAGGAGGAGGAGCAGGAGCAGAUGUAGAUGUUGAAGGACAUACAGGAAAAGGAGGAAAAUUGAAAAUGCCUAAAGUUGAUGUGUCCUUGCCUAAAUUAAAACCAUCAGGAGGUGAAAUUGAUGUUGAAGGUCCCGAUGUCAAAGGUGGAAAGUUUCACAUGCCCUCUAUAGAUAUCUCACUGCCGGGUGGAGGGGCAGGAGGAGAUAUAGAUGUUGAAGGACAUACAGGAAAAGGAGGAAAAUUGAAAAUGCCUAAAGUUGAUGUGUCCUUGCCUAAAUUAAAACCAUCAGGAGGUGAAAUUGAUGUUGAAGGUCCUGAUAUCAAAGGUGGAAAGUUUCACAUGCCCUCUAUUGAUAUCUCUUUGCCAGGAGGACGAGCAGGAGGAGAUGUAGAUGUUGAAGGACAUGCAGGAAAAGGAAGAAAAAUUGAAAUGCCUAAAGUUGAUGUGUCCUUGCCUAAAUUAAAACCAUCAGGAGGUGAAAUCGACAUUGAAUGUCCCGAUAUCAAAGGUGGAAAGUUUCACAUGCCCUCUAUUGAUAUAUCUCUGCCAGGAGGAGGAGCAGGAGGAGAUGUAGAUGUUGAAGGACAUACAGGAAAAGGAGGAAAAUUGAAAAUGCCUAAAGUUGAUGUGUCCUUGCCUAAAUUAAAACCAUCAGGAGGUGAAAUCAAUGUUGAAGGUCCCGAUAUCAAUGGUGGAAAGUUUCACAUGCCCUCUAUAGAUAUCUCUCUGCCAGGAGGAGGAGCAGGAGGAGAUAUAGAUGUUGAAGGACAUACAGGAAAAGGAGGAAAAUUGAAAAUGCCUAAAGUUGAUGUGUCCUUGCCUAAAUUAAAACCAUCAGGAGGUGAAAUUGAUGUUGAAGGUCCCGAUGUCAAAGGUGGAAAGUUUCACAUGCCCUCUAUAGAUAUCUCUCUGCCAGGUGGAGGAGCAGGAGGAGAUGUAGAUGUUGAAGGACAUGCAGGAAAAGGAGGAAAAUUGAAAAUGCCUAAAUUUGAUGUGUCCUUGCCUAAAUUAAAACCAUCAGGUGGUGAAAUUGAUGUUGAGCGUCCUGAAAUCAAAGGUGGAAAGUUUCAUAUGCCCUCUAUAGAUAUCUCUCUGCCAGGAGGAGGAGCAGGAGCAGAUGUAGAUGUUGAAGGACAUACAGGAAAAGGAGGAAAAUUGAAAAUGCCUAAAGUUGAUGUGUCCUUGCCUAAAUUAAAACCAUCAGGAGGUGAAAUUGAUGUUGAAGGUCCCGAUGUCAAAGGUGGAAAGUUUCACAUGCCCUCUAUAGAUAUCUCACUGCCGGGUGGAGGGGCAGGAGGAGAUAUAGAUGUUGAAGGACAUACAGGAAAAGGAGGAAAAUUGAAAAUGCCUAAAGUUGAUGUGUCCUUGCCUAAAUUAAAACCAUCAGGAGGUGAAAUUGAUGUUGAAGGUCCCGAUGUCAAAGGUGGAAAGUUUCACAUGCCCUCUAUUGAUAUCUCUCUGCCAGGUGGAGGAGCAGGAGGAGAUGUAGAUGUUGAAGGACAUGCAGGAAAAGGAGGAAAAUUGAAAAUGCCUAAAUUUGAUGUGUCCUUGCCUAAAUUAAAACCAUCAGGUGGUGAAAUUGAUGUUGAGCGUCCUGAAAUCAAAGGUGGAAAGUUUCAUAUGCCCUCUAUAGAUAUCUCUCUGCCAGGAGGAGGAGCAGGAGCAGAUGUAGAUGUUGAAGGACAUACAGGAAAAGGAGGAAAAUUGAAAAUGCCUAAAGUUGAUGUGUCCUUGCCUAAAUUAAAACCAUCAGGAGGUGAAAUUGAUGUUGAAGGUCCCGAUGUCAAAGGUGGAAAGUUUCACAUGCCCUCUAUAGAUAUCUCACUGCCGGGUGGAGGGGCAGGAGGAGAUAUAGAUGUUGAAGGACAUACAGGAAAAGGAGGAAAAUUGAAAAUGCCUAAAGUUGAUGUGUCCUUGCCUAAAUUAAAACCAUCAGGAGGUGAAAUCGACAUUGAAUGUCCCGAUAUCAAAGGUGGAAAGUUUCACAUGCCCUCUGUUGAUAUCUCUCUGCCAGGAGGAGGACCAGGAGGAGAUGUAGAUGUUGAAGGACAUACAGGAAAAGGAAGAAAAUUUGAAAUGCCUAAAUUUGAUGUGUCCUUGCCUAAAUUAAAACCAUCAGGAGGUGAAAUUGAUGUUGAAGGUCCCGAUAUCAAAGGUGGAAAGUUUCACAUGCCCUCUAUUGAUAUCUCUCUGCCAGGAACCACAGAGGGAGGGCUUGAUCUGGAUGAUGAUACUAAAAAAGGUUUAAGAUUUCACAUGCCCACUGUUGAUAUCUCUCUUCCAAAAAUGAAACUGACAGAGCGUGAACUCAAAGUUGGGUCAGAGAAGAAAGACAAAGACAUUUCAGCACCCAAAAUGAGUGACUUAAAUGUCCCUGAGGCCACUUUAGGUGGUAACAUCAAGCUGCCAACAGUGAAAAUCCCAACUGUUGACAUAUCUGCUCCUAAAGUUGACCUGGGCUUCACUCUUCCAAAGGCAAAGGGCAGUGAUAGAGAAAAUAUUGAACUUCUUAAGGCAGAGGGUGGAAGACCCUCAUCUGGGGCAAGUUUUGAUGUUCCAGAUGUCUCUGUAAAAAUGCCCAAAAUUUCACUCCCUAAAUUUGGCAGAAAAUUGAAAAGUGGAGACAAACUAGAACCAGAGAGUCCAGGCUUAUCUAUAGAUUUGGACUUGGAAAAAACAUCACCAUCAGUGGAAACAGAUGCCAAAAUGAAUAAGUCCAAAAUCAAAAUGCCAUCUAUUGGAACACCUAAAAAAGAUAUUAAAAUAAUUGGCCCUGAAGCUGAAAUGAAGAUAAAGGCAGGCUCUGGAGAAAUUACAAAACCAGAAAUCAGAGUGGAGGGUCCUGAUGACAAGGUCAGAUACAAGCUCAAAUUCCCCAAAUUCAAGACAACUACUCCAAAAGCAAAACUCAAAGAUGUAGAAAUGGAUAUGCCUGCAGUGGAUAACAAAGGAAAGGUCAAAAUGCCAGCAGUUGAGAUAUCAUUGCCAACAGCAAAUAUUCCAGAAUGUGAGGUAUUGCUUCCAAAAACUGAGGUUGAUGUAUCUGAAGCAGAUAUCAGAGGUUAUGAGGGCAGUUUAAAAAUUCCUAAGAUGCCAACUAUUGACAUAUCAGUUCCAAAAGUUGAUUUAGAUGUUUCCUUGCCUAGGCUAAAACUUCAUGAACCAAUGGAGUCAAACACUUCUGACUUAAACAUUGAUAGUAGUAGAGGUAUAGUAAAUUUCCCCCAUGUUAAAAUCCCUAAAGUAGACCUUUCACUUCCACAUGGAAAUACAGGUGACACAGGUAACUAUGAGGUGGAUAUUGGAAGGAGGGGUAAAUUAAGAAUGCCAGAAGUGGAAAUAUCAUUACCUCAUGUGAAAAAUGACACAUCUAAUGCUGACAUUGAAAUUAAAGGUGAAAAACUAAAAAUGGCAAAAAUUUCAGUGCCUAAUGUUGAUAUAUCUUUGCCUCAUGGAAAAACAAAGGAAACUGAUUCAGAAUUUGGAGCUAAAGGAGGUAAAUUAAAAAUGCCAGACAUCACAGUGCCUAAGAUAGAUUUAUCUCUGCCUCAUGGAAGCAAAGGAGAAAGUCAUGCACCAGAUUCAGAAUUAGAAGGUGGAAAAUUAAAGAUGCCAACAGUUGAUAUAUCCCUUCCUAAAAUAAAAUCUAAAGGUGUUGCUCCAGAACUUCAGCCUGGUGAAGGAAAAGGUAAAGUCAUGAUCCCUGGAAUUAAACUACCAACAGUAGAUAUCUCAUUACCUCAUGGUAAAAUAGAAGACAGUGAUACUCUUGAACAGGGAGCGUGUGGCAAAGAAGGGAAAUUCAAGGUGACUAAUAUCAAAAUUCCAAAAGUAGAUGUAUCAUUAGAAGGACAACAGGAGGAUACAGAAAAAACAGAGGUCAGAAAACAAGGUGGCAACUUUCAGUUACCAAAAAUGACAAUGCCUAAAGUGGAUAUAUCAUUACCCUAUGGCAAAACGGGCGACACUGAGGUUUCAGGAUCUGUGGAAGUAGAAGGUGGACAACGUAAAAUGCCUGAUAUUAAGAUACCACAGGUAGACAUUUCAUUACCAGAAGGUAAAACUGUUGAGUUUGAUACUAAAGAAGUAGAAUCUGGAAGAGGGGGUGGAAAAUUCGCUAUGUCCAAUGUUAAAAUCCCAAAAGUAGAUAUAGUAAUGUCAAGAGAUCCAGACAUGCCAGUUCCUUCUACUGAUGCGGGCCUUAAGGAUGCACAUAAAGAGGGUAAAAAGAUGAGAAUGCCAACUACAGAUAUAGAGGGCCCUAAUGUGGAUCUAGAGUUGGAUCUUGGAUUAUCGAAAAAAGGAAAAAAGAAUAAAAAGAAGACUGCACUUCCAGAAAUUGAUCUUAGCCCCACUGCACCAAAACAACAAAUAAAAGGGCCAAAAGUCAAAGGUUCAAAAUUUAAUAUUGGAAUGCCAAAAGUAAAAACUGGAAAAACUGAUGCAAACUUAAAAGCUAAUUUACCAGCACCAAAGAUUUCUGAACUUGACUUUGACAUUGAGACUGCAGAAGCUGACACUAAUCAUUCUGAAGAAGAUAAAAAGCAAAUGGGUAAAGUCAAAAUUCCAAAGUUUGGGAUACCUCUGCCAUCUUUAAGUUCACCUGAAGCUAACAUCACAUCAUCUCAGGUAAAAGUUCACUCUAUAAACGUAGACUCUGAGGUGGAGUAUGAGGGCCCACGUAUGCCAAAGGUAACAAAAGCUGUAUUUGUUAUGGUGAAUCCACAAACAGAAAGCUCUGCUAAUGUAGGUGGUGAAGCAAGUGCAGAAAUUGGAGAUGAGAAGCUCAACCUGCCAAAGAUAAAAAUGAAGCCGAGUUUUGGCAAGUCUCGAUCAAAUGAAAAGGGGAAAGCAGUAAAUUUGGAAGAGGAGGUGGAAACUGAAGGAAAGUCAAAAACUGGUAAGCUUAAAUUGCCCAAAGUCACAUUUUCAUCUGGGCAGAGAGGAUCAUUUGAUGUAACACCAAGUGGGUCUGAUGAUGGAACAAGUUCAAGUCUAAAUGGUGACAAAGAUGAAAAAGCAAUGUUUGGAAAGCUUAAAUUGCCCAAACUGGAGUUUUUUUCACCAUACUCAAAAGAUACAGUUCAGGAAGAGGAAAUGGAAACAAGCAUGACACAUCUCAGGAAGGAGACCUCAGUGGAAAGUAAAGAGAGCAAGAAGACAAUAUCGGGUACAAUGAGAGAGACUGAUACUUUAGUAUAUUCAAAAGCAAGGACUGAAAUGCUAGCAGAACGGGAGGGAUCAGAGUCCCCAAUACCUACAGUAUCAGCUGGAUUUGUCACUGUAAAGAAGAGUGAAGAAAGAGAGGAAACAACAUGGUUCAAAGUACCCAAGGUUACCCUUAGUCCCCAUUCUACUGGCAUCCUCCACAUCACACCAGAAAGCUCUCCAAAAGGAAGCAAGUCCUCUCUUCCUUGCUCUAGUGAGGAAGCCUCUGGAGGUUUCUAUGUGAAGAUGCCAAGUGUAGAAUUUUUGACCCAAGAAAUGUCCUCAGAGCAUCUGAUUACUAAAACAGAGGGAACUCUUACUGUAGUGACUAAGACAACAAAGUAUACAGAAACAAAAAGUAGCAGUUCGAAACAGUAAGCAUCUCAGUUGACAUACAAAUGACAUACAGUUGGUAGUGGAAUAAUAUAUAGGCCCGAAUAUUUUUAUAUGUGGCAAUUAUUUCAGUCUUGCUGGUUUUAUAUUUAAAGCAAAUAAAGCAAAAAAUAUAUAAACAAUAAAUUAUACCAAAAAAACACGACUUAAGCAUAAUAAAAAUGUUGCUACAAAAAGAGUAUUUAUUUAUUGUAGACCUUAUUUUCAGGUUUUGUAACUUGCCACUGUAUGACACUUUGAAUUGAUUUAUCUGUAAAGAUAUUUCUCUGAGCAAACACAUUUUGUUGUAGAUAAGAAACACAACAUAGGCACAAAUCUGUGCAAAACAGACAGAUACAUAUUAGGCAUUUAGACAUUUUGCAUUUAUUUUUGUUUUUGCUUAUGCUUUUAUUGUGCAGUCUUAGCAAAGUAUGCCACUUAAAUUGUAGAAUUUUACAGCAUUUUGGAAAUAUUGCUUUGCUUUUUUUGAUGCCUGGUUUGUCUAUGUGGUUUUUUGGUUGUUGUUAUGGAAUUCUGUUUAUUUUAGAUACUAUUAGAAAGAUAUGUACUAUUUUUACGUAUUUAUAUGCAUGAUCUGUACAGAUAAGAUACUAAAAAAGGAAGCCUGUGAUGUUGAGUAUUUUUGUGAUACAUAUUUUUGUGAAAUAUUCAAACAAUAUAAAGUUUUUUUCCCAUCACAUUUUUUAAGGAUUGUGAUAUGCUGUACCAGAUUGCCUUUCUCUGUUUGAGAACACUGAGUGUGAAAGAAAAGGAAAAAAAAAUUUUUUUAAAAUUAACUCUUGUGUUGAUGGAUUUAGCCUACAUGAAAAUGUAUAUGUAUAUUAUAUUUAAGGCAGGUUUCAGUAUUGAACUGCAUGAUUGUAAUGUGUUGCUUUUCUGAAACCAUCAUUUAGAUGAUGCUUAUCUCCAUCUAAUGCAAAAAUAGAAUACUCAAAUAAAAUAUUAACAUUUUAA